UCGUCGUCGUCGUCGUCGUCGUCGUCGUCGUCGUCGUCGUCGUCGUCGUCGUCGUCGUCGUCGUCGUCGUCGUCGUCGUCGUCGUCGUCGUCGUCGUCGUCGUCGUCGUCGUCGUCGUCGUCGUCGUCGUCGUCGUCGUCGUCGUCGUCGUCGUCGUCGUCGUCGUCGUCGUCGUCGUCGUCGUCGUCGUCGUCGUCGUCGUCGUCGUCGUCGUCGUCGUCGUCGUCGUCGUCGUCGUCGUCGUCGUCGUCGUCGUCGUCGUCGUCGUCGUCGUCGUCGUCGUCGUCGUCGUCGUCGUCGUCGUCGUCGUCGUCGUCGUCGUCGUCGUCGUCGUCGUCGUCGUCGUCGUCGUCGUCGUCGUCGUCGUCGUCGUCGUCGUCGUCGUCGUCGUCGUCGUCGUCGUCGUCGUCGUCGUCGUCGUCGUCGUCGUCGUCGUCGUCGUCGUCGUCGUCGUCGUCGUCGUCGUCGUCGUCGUCGUCGUCGUCGUCGUCGUCGUCGUCGUCGUCGUCGUCGUCGUCGUCGUCGUCGUCGUCGUCGUCGUCGUCGUCGUCGUCGUCGUCGUCGUCGUCGUCGUCGUCGUCGUCGUCGUCGUCGUCGUCGUCGUCGUCGUCGUCGUCGUCGUCGUCGUCGUCGUCGUCGUCGUCGUCGUCGUCGUCGUCG